GAAGCGGGGGACGCGCGCGGCCUCCCCCGCGUGGAAUAAACACCUGCCGGCCCCGCCCCGCCGCGCCGCGCCGCCGGCCAUGGACGCCUUUAAAGGGGGCAUGAAUUUGGAGAGGCUGCCGGAGAGCCUGCGCCCCCCGCCCGCCCACGACAUGGCCUCCGGCUUCCAUCUGCAGCGCGCCGCCGAGCCCCGCGACCCGCUGGACAACUCGGCCAGCGAGUCCUCCGACACCGAGGUGGCAGACAAGGAGCGCAGCGGCGAGCAGAAGAGCGAGGACGGCACCGCCGAGGACCCCGCCAAGAAGAAGAAGCAGCGGAGGCAAAGGACGCACUUCACCAGCCAGCAGCUGCAGGAGCUGGAAGCCACUUUCCAGCGGAACCGCUACCCGGACAUGAGCAUGCGGGAGGAGAUCGCCGUGUGGACCAACCUCACGGAGCCGCGGGUCCGGGUGUGGUUCAAGAACCGCCGCGCCAAGUGGCGGAAGCGGGAGCGCAACCAGCAGAUGGACCUGUGCAAGAACGGCUACGUGCCGCAGUUCAGCGGGCUCAUGCAGCCCUACGAGGACGUGUACGCCGGCUACCCCUACAACAACUGGGCCGCCAAGAGCCUCACGCCCGCGCCGCUCUCCACCAAGAGCUUCACCUUCUUCAACUCCAUGAGCCCGCUGUCCUCGCAGUCCAUGUUCCCGGCGCCCAGCACCAUCUCCUCCAUGAACAUGCCGUCGGGCAUGGCGCACUCCGCCGUGCCGCCCAUGGCCGGCUCCGGCCUCAACAACAUCAACAACCUCAGCGGCUCCUCGCUCAACUCGGCCAUGUCGUCCAGCGCCUGCCCCUACGGCCCGCCCGGCUCGCCCUACAGCGUGUACCGGGACACGUGCAACUCCAGCCUGGCCAGCCUCAGACUGAAAUCCAAGCAGCACUCGGGCUUCGGCUACAGCGGCCUGCAGAGCCCGGGCUCCGGCCUCAACGCCUGCCAGUACAACAGCUGACGGUGCCCCGGGCCGGGGCCCGGCGGGGCGGGCGCCGCGGACUUGGACUGGAAGGAGCGCGCGUGAGGAGCGCACGAGAGACGAGGGGGCAAGAGAAGAGAAACCUGAAACAGAGGGGGAAAUAAAUAAUAAUAAUAAAAAAUAAUAAUAAUAAUAAAUAAUAAUAAUAAUAAUAAUAAUAACGAGGAUGGGAAAAGAAAGGACCAGAAUUGUUUGCUUCGUGUCCUAGCAGAGACCCCGGCACCGAAGACAUGGAUGAGUUGCAAUUUUUCUCUGGAUGAUGCGGGUUGUGUGUAUUUACUUGAACUUGCACAGACGUCUCGGAGAGCGGCCACUUUAUAGCGCUAUAAGG